AUGGAGGUCGUGGGUCUCAAUCUGGCCAUCGACCCUGAGGGCGGCAACGCCCACGCCGAGGAGGCCGAGGACGACUCGGACUUCGGGCCGGCGGACGAGGACCGGGAGGAGGCGCCGGCGGACGGCCUGGACAUCCUGGUGGACGCCCAUCAGUUCCCCAUGGUCAGUUUCCGUUUCAUCUUCCUGGACUUGGUGCACUCGCUGCUGCACCGCAUCAACUGCAACAACCAUAUCCUCGUGCGGCCCCGCGGCGGCGGCAUGGUGAUCCCACCCCAGCCUCAGCUACGCGACAGCCUGGGCCAGCACCCCGGGCCCCUGGCUGCGCUGCCAACACCUGCAGCGGCCGCCGUGGUCCACGAGUCCGAGGCCUCGUCCGAGGAGGAGGCCGACUGGGAGACUGCGGAGGAGCCGGAUGAGGAGCCGCAGAUGGGGCCGGCGGCCGCCGAUGGGACAACUCAAUACCAGUAUGAAAACUCUGACAAAGAGGCCCAAGGCUCUGAGAGGGGGGAAGAAAAAGAGAAAUUUAACAAUAAACAAGAUGGACCUAACUAGAAGGGAUCCGGCCCAACAGAGAACAGGGCCAGAAAAUCCAGAAGCCCAUGGGAAUUUUAUUAACACCAAUUCAGCGUUCCAAACUGCAUCACCAAAAAGUGCUCUCUGAUGAAAUCUGACUCCUCUCUUACUUGUGACUGGUAUAUUUGACAGCAUUUGUUCUGGUUAAAAAUAAAUUUGUUUUAAAUUAAUAA